AUGGCGGAUAAGAAUCCUCCUGGUUCUCCGAGGCGGAACUUACUCCUCAGACAACUUGUCGAAGCCUCUUCUGGACCUUUGAACUCGUUUGCAUCCGAUUACAAUCUUCCCAAAGUAUCAGUAGUGAAUAACCGGUUCCCUGAAGCUAAAGAUCGAGAGCUUACCGUGUCCACCCGGCUAGGUCAAUCCUCUUCAGACGAAUACUCCACACCCCGCUCUCCUCAACCUACACCUUCUCGACAGUUCCCGCAAUCGCAGAGGCCAGCAGAUGAGGCAAAAGGGUCGAGCUUACCACAGCCUAUUGACAGCUAUACGUGCAGUUCAGUGGAUAAGGAACAGCAGAUAAACAAUGUGGAGGAUCUCGGAAACAGUUCUCCCAAGAGAAAAUUUGUUCCUGAACCUAUUGAGACCAGUUCACGAUCAUCCCGUCACCGCCACCCUCCUUCCAAGUCUACGGGCCGGGUAGCCCCGCAGUUGCUGGAAACUACGUACGACCGCCGCCGCCGCCGCCAAAAAGUACAAGGAACCAAUCCCGGGAAUCUUUUCGAGAAUCCUCCCGAUAAUGGCGCUGGGGAUGGUGAAACGAAAUUAUCUCCUGGGAAUCACAUGCAUAGUCAUAUCAAUAUCCCCAUACGUUCAGGAGUAUCACCAUCAAGCUCAGAGUCGCCUAGGAGAUUCUCCCCGCAGUUAAUUGACACUGCAACCCGCUCAGUGCGUCAGAAGUGCCUUGCCCGGGGCAGAGCGGAGUGUCAUGAUCGUCGACAAGCCUCCCCAUCUUUAGCAUCCCAGCAAAAAUUGUCCGCCCCGGAGAGCACAGAAUCCCGAUUUUCAUAUGCUAAUAUUUUGCGUCGACAAGAGGCAAAAAAGCACUCGUUUCUAGCUCCAGGUCUUUCAGCAAUACCGUCAAUUAGCAGUGAGGGGUCCGAGAAAUCCCGGACUCAUUCGCCCCCAACGUCUCCUUCUACUCUCUCCAAUAACAACGGCAACAAGUAUUACAAGGAGAGGCGCUUGUUAUUUGAGAGCUGUGAUGACAGGUACUCCGGCUAUCUACGAUCCCUAGCUGAACGUUCGGUAAAGCAGAUGCUAAGGGAUCAAGCUCUUGCCGCUUUCCCCAACGAACAAGUGUAUCAUCCAGUUUCACAUUUCGCCAUAGGUCGAGAGGAUGAAGAUACCACUGAUGACGAUGAUGCUCUAGAAAUAUCACUGCGUAACAUGAAAAUAGAUUUUCUGAAGUUCCGUCGGGAAUCCACUAUUGACCUCGGCUGGGAACUCGAUGAGAUGAGAAACCACAAGGAGGAGUCUGAAAUGAGAGCCCGGCAGUGGAUGUUUGACUCUGGUCAGUCUCGGUUCUCAGCUGCUGCAAUAGCGGCCAGACAAGCAGCAGAGAACGAAGUCAUAAGAGCACAUAUAACCGAUCAUCAAGGCGGCGUUGACGUGUGGCAGAAAAGGUUGGGUUUAGACCAAAUGAAGAGCCCACCAUUGCUGGGAGGGGACAUCGUUUUCCCCUUGGGCAUAUCUCCCCAAACCACCAGAUGCGACGUGGACCACCACCCCGUGCCCCACCAUGACGACAAUUGUACUGAUCAUGUGCAGCGCGAAGGGCUCUGGAACCCCGAGCUCAAUGUCCAUGAUUCCGACGGAGGGGGGCUCUGGAUGGGCCUAUGUCGGCGAACCGGAGACGCUGGAAGACCCCCUUCAUCCCUACCGCGAGCAGGAAUCAUUACACCCACCAGCACCAUCGAAACGGCCCCCUUCCAUUUCCAAAUUCCCAACAGCCUCACUAUAACCAAAGCCAUAACCUACAAGAUACCCCCAGACUCUCCCUCCCGGCUCCCCAGCACUCCACCCCCGUCCAGCCCGGACCUUGACAACGUCGACAAACUCCUCAUCCUUGAACAAGGAAUCAAGCGCGAAUUCAACGACGCCUUCGUCACACAGAUAUACAACUAUCUCUCUCUAGGCUACCCCUGCCUCGCCCGCGACUACGAUGAGGAACUUAGUAAAAUCUCCCGCAUCCCCAUCGAGGAGCUGCGGAAAGAUGACAGACGUGCCAAUGCGAAAGGGUACGUGGGUGCACCUGAGGGUGUUGGUGUGGAUGAGAACGAAGUCGUGUCAGGCCAAUGCAUGCGCUGGACGGCACUGAGGCUGUAUAUCCAUGAGUGGGCGAGGCAGCAGCCGUGGAUGGCGAUGGCGGAUCGUUGUCGCCAGGCUGACCCGUCGGGUAUGGAUGCAAUGGAUGCGAGGGGGGCCGGAGCCAGAAGGGGCAGUUGGGCGAUCUGA